AUUUCAAAAACCAUCGUCUCCAUCUCGUUCUCUCGCAGACAAAAUUCUCCGAACACUCUUCUGCUAGAAACGACGACGUUAUGGACGUCAACCACCACCCGUGCCCCUCACCGUCACCUUACCUACCGUGUUCUUCUUCCGCUUCGCUUCUGAAAGAUAUAUCAAAUUUCAAAACCCCUAAACGCCCCUCCCAAGCAUCCAAACUUACCUCCCCGUCCUCUCAAUUUUUCACUGCAUCCAAACAAACACCGCGGUCUACGUCUUCUUCUUUUAGACGAGGUCGACCCUCUCUUGCUCCUUCCUCAUCCCGGCACAAGACUGCUGCUGCCCGGAGGAUCAAGGCCUUCGAGCUCGAGCAGUCCAAGUCUUCACGCAAGGCUCAAAUCGUAAAGGAACAGUCGCUUAAGUCUCUCUCCAAGUCCCUCACCGUCUGGCUUAAUUUUCUGUUAGAAAAUCCAAGGUCUUGUGGGUGUGAUUUGACGGUAGAUUGUGAUCGCAAUGUGGGUAAGGGGAAGAGGGAAGGUGGGCUCGGAGGUGAGUUAGAGGUUGGAGUUGAUGUGGCAUGGCGGAACCCGAAGCGGCAGAGGGAUUUGACAUGGCGGGGAGAUGAUGCAGGGAGUAGGGAGGGGUUUUCGAAUUCGAUAUACUUGCCAUUGAAGAAUUCACUGAAGGACGUAUGCAGUUUCGAUGAUUUGACAGAGCGAAUGCAAGUCUAUUUGAGCUUACGUAGUUGCAAGGAGAUUCUUGAUGUGAUGACUCGUGUGGCUAAGAACAUUGAUGAGGGAAGGUUGAAAAUGAAGUCACAUUGCCCCAUUGUAACAGACUUUGGAAUGAAGGAGAAAGCCACUAAGAUCCUCAUGUCUUAUAAUCCUAUAUGGCUCCGGAUAGGGUUGUAUAUAAUCUUUGGUGGUGCGUCCUUGUUGAUUGAUGGAGAUGAUAAAUCUGAUGAAGCUAUUACAUUCUUGAAAAUGAUAAUCGAAAGGCAGCUUUUCUCACAUUCAGGACUGGCAAAAGCUUAUGCCUAUAACAAAAAGGUUGAGGGUCUAUAUAGACCAGGUUACUACGAAAUUUUGGGGGAUAUCAUAUUGAAGAGGAUUCUGAUGCUGGUUCUCACACUUGAUAGAGCUAAAUGCCAGAGCAGUCUUCCUGUCAAGUUCGGAAUUGAUGGAGUGGAUGGGGGUUCGCCUCUUCUAUUUACAUUGCAAUCUGGUAUUAAAUCAAGUUGUCAAGUGAUUCACGACCUUUUAUCUUCAGACGUAAUGCAUGGAGAAGGUAAUCUUCUUGCACAUCUAGUGAUCAUAGGGUAUGAAGUAUCCCAUGAACAGUGCCCCCUUGUCGAGUAUGACUUCACAGUGACAGAUUUAUUUGUUGAUCUCCAAGAUGGCAUACGGCUUUGUAGAGCCAUUCAACUCUUGCUACAUGAUCAGUCUAUUUUUCCAAAACUGGUGGUUCCCUCGGAUUCUCGUAAGAAGAAUUUGGCAAAUUGUGGAAUUGCACUUCAAUGUUUAAAGCAGGUUGGUGCUACAAUAUUUGAUGAGGAUGGAGUAAUGAUUAUGGCAGAGGAUAUUGUCAAUGGAGACAAGGAGCUCACAUUAUCCUUGCUUUGGAAUGUUUUUGUUCACUUGCAGCUGCCACUUCUGAUCAACAAGACAAUCUUAGCCGAGGAAAUUUUGAAAAUUCAAGGAUUUAAUGUGGAUCCUUUGGAUAGCAGCAGUUCUACCUCUUUAGACAUGCUUUUGAACUGGAUCAGGGCCAUUUGUGAAAAAUACGAUUUCAAAAUUGACAACUUUUCUUCGUUAGUUGAUGGAAAGGCCAUAUGGUGCUUGCUUGACUUUUACUUCCGUAAGGAACUCUUUUGUUCCUGUUCUCUUAAGGAUACUUAUGAUAUGAAAGGUGAAAAAUCCAUUAUGUCGGAUGCUGAUUAUACAGAUGCAGUACACAAUUAUAUGUUAUCACAGAAACUGGCUUCAUUGUCAGGCAAUUUCCCAGAGGUUAUGCAAAUCAGUGACUUACUUGAACAUAAUGGUGCUGUCAGUGAUCGGAGUAUUGUACUUCUUUUGGUGUUCCUUGCAUCCCAACUGAUUGUAAAGAAAAGUGUGGAGCAGCUGAAUUUUCACAAAUUGCUGGGCUGUGAUUGUCAAAGUCCAGAUAGUAGGAAACAUUUAAGCACUGGAAGGUGGUUUGUGAAUUCUGAACCAAGAGUAGAGCAAGAAAAUACAGAUGGGUUCAGCAGUGAAGAUGCUGCUAGAAGGUUUAAAGCAAUUCAGGCUUGGUGGCAAGAUAUGGCUGACCAGAACUACAAAUGUGUUGUAAAACCUGCUGUUUCUGUUUUGCAGUCCUCAAACAGAAAAAGUGUAGCUGACAUAAUUCAAAGAGAAAAUGCAGCAAAAACCAUACAGUCGAUGUUUAGGCAAUUAACAGUACGUCGGAAGUUUUUGAAGACAAUGAGUGCAGUUUAUUAUCUUCAAACUGUUUUCCGGGCAUGUUUAAUGGUGAAGCAGAAAGCCUUCUGUAACAAGAUCAGAGCCUUUAGUGUUCAGGAGUUUUCAUGUGAAAGGGGGAAAUUUCCAGAAACAUUUGGAAGAUAUGUCCAAUACAUUGUGGACAGACGUUCUUUUGUUGAGUUAAAAAGAUCGGUGUUGGUAAUCCAGAGAGCAGCUAGGAUUUGGAUAUCCCGAACACAUGGGGCCAGAAGUACUAUAACCUACAAUGUAUCUUCUGCUGACCCAGUUAAUGCUGGCAAUGCUACUCAGAAAUAUAUUCAUGGUCUGGCAUCAAGGUCUAUACAUGUUGGGGUGGCCUCUCGGGUAGAGCAAGUUUCACUUAUGCGCCAACCAAAGGUUCCAAGUGAUCUUGAGAUUGGAGCAGCAGUUAAAAUUCAGAAUUUUUGGAAGUAUCACAUUUACCACAAGUCUCUUAACUAUCGGCACCUUGCAGCAACUAAAAUUCAAAGUCAUUUUCGGGGCUGGCUGUGGAGAAGGAGAUUUCUUACCCAAGGCCGAGAGUUUUCCAUAGUCAAAAUUCAAAGUGCUUUUCGAGGCUUAAGAGGUUGGAGGGCUUACCAACAACACAAAAAUGCAAGCAACUCAGUCGUUGUUAUUCAGUCCCACAUACGUGGAUGGAGUGCACGGAGGGAUGCUCGGAGAAAUAUGUAUCUUUGGAAAAAUCACAUUGACCACAAGUCUCUUAACUAUCAGCACGCAGCAACUAAAAUUCAAAGUCAUUUUCGGGGUUGGCUGUGGAGAAGGAGAUUUCUUACUCGAGAGUUUUCCAUAGUCAAAAUUCAAAGCGCUUUUAGAGGCUUUAGAUGUUGGAGGGCUUACCAACUACACAAAAAUGCAAGCAACUCAGUCAUCGUUAUUCAGUCCCACAUACGUGGAUGGAGUGCACGGAGGGUUGCUCAGAGAAAUAUGUAUCUCGUUUCUAUAAUUCAAAGAUGCUGGCGUAGCCGGUUGAUAAGGAGAGAGUUUUUAUUGCAAAGAGAAGCUGCAAUAAAGAUUCAAAGCAACAUUCGACGCCUUAGGUGCUGGCAGAUAUUUCGAUCUCACCAACAAGCUGCCAUUAGAAUUCAGCAGUUUGUGAGGGGGCAUAUUACUCGAAAGAGGCUCUUAGGGGCUUCUUCUUUUUGGGUGGCUACCCCUUCUCAUCGUAAGCUCCAGUACAAUAAAAGCAGAGUUUUCUAUCAGAGUUCUGCAAUAAAAGCAGUACUAUGUUCAGUUUUAAAACUUCAAAGGUGGUGGAAAGCUGUUUUGUUGCUUAAACUGCAGUCAGCUGUUAUUAUUCAGUCUCAUUUUCGAGGUUGGAUAACCAGGCAAAAGUUCAACCAAAGGAAAGCUAUUUUGUUGCUUAAACUGCAGUCGGCUGUUAUUAUUCAGUCUCAUUUUCGAGGUUGGAUUAGCAGGCAAAACUUCAACCGAAUGAAAGCUGUUUUGUUGCUUAAACUGCAGUCGGCUGUUAUUAUUCAGUCUCAUUUUCGAGGUUGGAUUACCAGGCAAAAGUUCAACCGAAGAAGGCUCCAUGUUGUUAUCAUCCAAUCAUAUUGGAGGGGUUACUUGGCACGAAAGGAAUCAAGCAGGCAUCUACUGGAUUUGCGCUUGAGAGUGCAAAAGUCUGCUAUAAAUGUUGAUGACAGCAUGCGCAUAAUUAACAGGCUCAUCCAUGCACUUAAGGAACUACAGAGCAUAAAAAGCGUCAGUGGCGUUCUUCACAUUUGUACAACUUUGGACAUGACGACAGGGUAUUCAGAGAAGUGCUGUGAGGAGCUCGUGGCUGCAGGGGCAGUUGAGACUUUACUGAAGCUUAUUCGGUCAGUAAGUCGAAGUAUACCUGACCAGGAAGUUCUCAAGCAUGCCCUUUCAACUCUAAGAAACCUUGCCCGGUUUACUCAUCUGACUGAAGUUCUAAUUGACAGUCGGGGAUCGGUAGAAAUAAUUCUUUGGGAGUUUCUCAGGAAUAAGGAUGCAUAUUUCAUUGCUCAUGAGAUUCUGAAGAAGAUAUGUUCAAAUCACAAAGGGGUUGAAGCUUUGCGCAAGUCUCCAUCUCUGUUGAAAAGGCUUCAUAGUCUUGUUGAUGAAUUAACGAGGAAAGCAAACAUUGAAAAGAGGAAAGCUAGAGGUGUAGCUGCAAGAGACAAUACUGAGAGAAGAUUAAGAGCGGCUGUUGAACUCCUGCAACUUGCAACUGGCAGCUCUUAAUUAAUUGCACUCACUAUUUAGGGGGAGAAAUUAGUGUUAGGGACUUGGGGUUGUUUUUUUCUUUUUUUCCUGGAUUGCCACUGAAUUCACACGUUCAGUGGGAUGACAAGGCGUUUAUCUUGGAGCAAAGACUGACAAUGGUUGUUAGGGUUUCUGUAAUGUGCAUAUCUCUGCAAGUUUGAUGGCUGGUAUGUCCAUAGAAGUUCUACAAACUAGAGGUGGUGUGGAGAAUUAUUGAAGUUACCAACUCUUCAUCUUUGCUUGUUAUUGUGUUCCUCUGGUCUUUGUAGCAAGAUAGGGUCAAGUGCCAUUA